GUCUCUGUGUCAUGCUCAGUAUCGCCCUUGGAUCCCUCAUUUGAUCCGACUGCAUCAGGAGCUUUCGGUCACAUCUUGAGAAGCCCCUCGCAGUCUGCAACUCUGUCAUCAGCUUCACAAGCCUCUUGCAUGUGCUAGAGAGUAUUUCAUGGCCUUCUUGCCUCAUCAUUCGGAUGAGGUAGUCGUGGCAGUCUGCCGAAGCUCUCCGGACCUUCAUUCUCAUUGCUCCUCACGCAUCACAGCUCAUUACAGACGCCGCCAUCGUCCGCGGGUGUCUCGACUUCCUAGUGUCCGCGAGAAGCAUCUUGUUUGGUUGGGCAAUCUCGCUCAGGGAUACAGCACGAUCAAGCGAUGCCGUUCGGACCUGAAACGACUUCCGGCGCCGUGCAGUGAGAUGCGGUCUCAUCUGCUUAUUGUCCUUCGACAUAGGGAGCAUCAUCUUCCCUCCGUCCUGCGGUGUCGACUUGCCGCUGCGCAGUUCCUACAGUGCUUGCUGAUAGCUCGCGAAGACGUCGGAAGCAGAGGCAGCUUCAACUCCAAAGACGCUCUUUUGUGGCAGUGGCAACACGUCAGGCAUCGCGCGUUCCCUCCCCUCUUGCGCUUCGGCACAGAUGAAGCCCCGCAUAGUUGCCAGGCUGCUCUCAGGGGUCGGACCACUGCGGACUGAUGCCGUGGACGGUACUUCAGCAGCCACCCUCCCACGCCCGAGGCGGCGUU